GUUGCUGUAUUUUCUUGUAAUUUUUUGAGAAACAACCAUUCAUGCAAUUCUAAGACAGCAAAUGAUUUGUGAGUUUGCUGUAAUAAUGCAUGUUUUGACAUGCCACUGGAGUAUGAAAAAUGUAACUUAUAUACAUGUUUCUCGAACUUGAUAUAGUGACCUUAGUCGAAGUUCGAUACCCUUGGCAACUAACCUAAACUCUGUCUUUUAUGGUUUCUACCGUAAAAGCUGACAAAAGAUCUGUCUGUAUGGAAAUUACAUCACUUUUGAAAAUUCAUUUAAAUUUUCUCACAAUGUUCUGGAGGAUAACAGACAGAUACUCUAUAAAUAUUUUCAUGUUCAUUUUUCAGCUUGACACUUCCAAAAAAAAAGCGCUCCAUUAGUCUAAAGUCAGCAUUUGAAGUAACUAUCUUGAGUUACUUCACAUAGUUUCUAUAAAGACGGGAGAUGCAUUUAAAGAAUUUGGUGUCUAUAUAUUAAUUUGCUCUAACGCUGAAUAUGAAAUCACAGGAUAACAAUUGAUGGAACAGCAACGCGGCAGCAUAAGAUUAAAAGGCUAUGCACCCGUGCCUGCUUUAUUUCCGCCCUCUAUAUAUAAUUACGGCAUCUUCCCAAUGGAGAAGCCAUACCAUAGCCAGUGAACCUUUUCUCCACCUGUGAUGGAGGCCCAAAAAAAUAACGAAGCUAUUCGCCAGAGAAUGGUUCCUUACAAAUCCCGUUGGUCCCUUAAGGAAGACCGCCUCCUCACUUCACUCGUCGAUCGACAUGGCCCUGGAAAGUGGGAUUUUCUCGCUCAACACAUCAAAGGGAGAACUGGUAAGAGCUGCAGAUUGAGAUGGAUCAAUCAAUUGAAUCCGAGACUUGACAGGGCGCCAUUCAGUGACGAAGAGCAGAGAAGGCUCCUUCAACUUCACGAAAGAUACGGAAACAAGUGGUCCAUGAUUGUGUGUCACUUUCCCGGUCGAACAGACAACCAUGUGAAGAAUACGUACCACUCACUUGUGGGGAGUCGGUACGUGAAAGGCAGUGGUGGCCAGUCUUCUUCAGGCAUCGUUCUUAAACCAAAACCUAGGAGGGGAGCUUUGCCUGCUGCUCGUUAUUUCACCAGACCAACAGUUCCUGUUGGUUCUCAGUCUUCCAAUGUUUCAUGCCAAGGGAAUAACUAUAGUGGUUUUGCUGAUCCCGCUUCACCUGCUAUGUCUAACAGUGUUUCUGUGGCGAAUGUGUGUCCUAAUAAUCAGGGAAUAUGCUGCGGGGAUUCCGUUACAUCUGAUGCUAAGUCUGCUGCACUCUAUCGUGCUCCUCAGCCCCAGCAAGGUGUAGGGAUCCGAACUUAUCAAUUCAUCGACUUUUUGGGGAUUGGAAAUUCCGAGUGAAAAAGGAGGCUGCUCGAUGUUCUGUUUUUCUUAUUGUUCCGUUAUUCUGUUUGAUGAAUUUUAGUUUUUUUUUUUUCGUUUUUGUUGUGUCGAUUAGUAAUGUAGUGUGAAGUGUCUUUUUGUUAUUUCGAGUUUGUGUCUUGAGGAAAUCUGGGAAAGGGCAUCUCUGUCCUGUCAAAAGUUCAGGGUUGUUCUUGUUUUUAAUAAAUGGAGGUUUUCUCUUUCUUUCUUUAUGUAUUUCAGUUGUUUAUUUAUGAGGCGUUGACUGUUUUUCUUGGAAAGAUUUGCUGCAUAAUGUUGUAAUCUUGCUUUAUUUAAUGUGAUAUGCUUAAUUUUAUUG